CAUUUCCAUCCGUUUCCCUCAAUGGUUAGGCAAGACGACGGAUCAACAUGUGAUCGGCAAACUAUACAAGAAAAAAUAUGAAAGAACAAGACAUCCCAUUGCUCCACCGAGCUCUAGGGUUCUACUAUUGCUUGUCAUCUAUUCCUUCGAAAACCCUAUAUGCUUGAUCUUAUUAUGCCUAUCCUUCGCAUUCGCGAAACCGACCCUUCUAAAAAAGACGACAAGGGCCCUGCUAUCGUUGCCGUGUCUGUUGUAUUCACCACCAUCGCAUUCAUUACCACCAUACUGCGGUUAUGGGUACGCAAGGGACGCCGAGCACUCGGAGUGGACGAUUACACCGUAACGGCAGCAAUGUGCCUUACCAUCGUGGAAGCAGCGCUUACUAUCCAAGCCGUAACGCGCGGUAAAGGGAAGCGCGGUAAAUACCUUUCCAAGGGCGAAAGAGAGUACAUUAAUAUGUACAGCUGGUACGCGCAACAUGUGCUCUUCGCGGCUAUGGCACUAGUCAAGAUAUCAGUAUGCCUGCUCGUUACACGAAUCAAAAAUUCGAAGCAGAUGAAGUGGCUUACUGGUGUGGUAAUUACUGUUUUGUGUACUUCCGCACUGGAAUGUAGCAUCGUCCUUCUUGCGCAGUGCAGACCUAUCAGCGCUCACUGGCGCCCUGCUGCAGGGAAGUGCUGGCCUGCCAAAGUACGCAUCUACUCGAUCUAUGUGCAAGCUGGGCUAUCCAUCACUACGGACCUGAUAUGCUCGGCGCUUCCGAUUGUCAUUAUGUGGAAUGUCCAACUCCCCUUCCGCAAGAAGGUGUCGAUUUGGGUAUUGAUGGCUAUGGGACUCAUCUGCACAGCCUGCUCAGCUGUCAGGGCCAAAUCUCUUGAUGCAAAAGCCAAAGAUCUUGCUUAUGAGUACGGAAUCGUCGCAAUCUGGGCCAUAACCGAGCUUUGCCUUGGGAUAAUAGCCACCAAUCUCGGUCUUUCUCGUUCCAUGUUCUACUAUUUCUUCAGGCGCGCGGAUCUGACUACCAACGACUCCUCGCAACGGCCAUCGUACAACGUGUACGGUAGCCGCUCACGAAACGGAUACGCCCAGCAUCCGGACUUAAAUUCGAAUAUCUCGCGAAUGAGUAAGAGCGAUAGGAGGGAAACUAGCACGGCAGGGAGCGAGACAAGGAGUGAAGAUAGUGAUAUUCCGCUGAAACCAAUGGCGGGCAUUGAGAAGACGACAAAGAUUGAGAUGCACGUGCAAAAAUCAUGAUCUAUGAGCGGCUGCUGUUUUGGGAAUUGAUUGUAAAAGCGUGGUGUUUGGCGUUGUCGAAAAAUUCGAGUCGUGUCUUGCACGGAAGUGUUUUAGAUUUCAUUGUUGUUAGGGCCGUAGUCCCUCAGCUCAAGGUCUCAUACAGUUUGAGCAUCUGUUAAUUGAAAGAAAACCCUUCCGCGCCUCUCUUAGGUGCGGAAGAAAGUCCCGUGAAACCGUCCCAGGGAUUGGAUUUGGGCACGCUCGUCAUUCUCGCUUCAUUGCAGCAUGGCGUUCAGUUCCUACCUGAAAAUUCGGUCGAAUCGUUGAUUCAGAGUUCCGAUCCAGUCGCAUCCACAAAGAAAUCUGAG